UUUUUAUUAAUUUUUUUAAUUCCUUCCCCGAAACAAAUAAGGCAAAAAAAGACAAGUUCUUUACCAUUUCUGAUCAGAAAAAAUUGCCUCUAUUCUCCAUCCUCUCUCUUCCUCAUCAAACUAAAGAACAACAGCUUUCUAAGCAUAGGUUUUGAUUUGGGUGGUUAGGGUUUUGAUUGAUGAAUUUCACUGUCAUGAAUCUCUUUUGGGAUUUGUGAGAAAAUUUUAGUGAAAAUGGCGACAAAUCGAAGUGGAACUUCAUUUGUCAGAACGAAAAGGAUGGAAGGGUUCAGUGAUCAUCUCACAUUUGCAGCUUGUGAGUGGUUUUUGAUAUUCCUAUUGCUGCUGGAUUCGUUGUUAUCGUAUCUUCUCAAAAAGUUUGCGAGUUAUUGCAAGUUGCAGUUGCCUUGUUUGUUAUGUUCUAGGCUUGAUCAUAUCUGGGAUGGUGAGAAGCCGGAGUUUUAUCAUAACUUGUUUUGCGGAAAUCAUAAGUCCGAGAUAUCGUCUAUGAUGUUUUGUCAUAUUCACGGUAAGCUUGCGGAUGGUCAUAGGAUGUGCGAUGACUGUCUUUUGUCGCUCACUACGAACGCGAAGAGGAACACGAAAACUCAUCGGUUGUUGGCUGGUAAGUUUGGUGUUGUUAUGGGUGGUUCUGGUUAUCAAAACUCGUCGUUGAGCCGAGCUUUGUUUACUGGACCUAAGGGAUCAAGGCCGUGUAGUUGUUGCGGUAAGCUUUGGAAGUUGGAACAGAAUGGUUUGAGAUCUGUGCAUUUAAAAGCGCCUGGGAGAGCUGUUCUUAAGCCAUACGUUCCUUUGCCGCGUGCACCGAGACAAAGCCGUUUAAAUCAUCGGGAUAGCAUGAAGAAAAUAAGAGAGAAAACUCCGGAAACUGACGGAAAAAGAAGCUUUCAUCCUUCGUCUCAUGUAGGAUAUACUGUGUUGAAACUUACUUCGGAUACGGAGUCUGAGUUUCAAUUUUCGGAUUAUGAUGAUGAUGAUGACGGUAGUGCUUUUCAUGAAAAAAUUGAAGCUAGCAAUGCCACCUUUACUCAAAAUGUAUCAGAAAUGUCGACAGAACACGCAAAGGGUGAUUUGAGUCCAACAAAGCCAAAGCCUAGUUCCCCUAAACAUGUGGAAGAAAUCAACCGACCGCUAGCAGAUCAAAAUUCAUCAGGUUUUGACCUACCUGAGCUCAUUUCACUAGAUGAAGUUUCACUAUCACAUUCACACGUUGUUAAUCAAGAACCAGAACGAGAAUCUGAAGAGUGUAAGAUUACCUGUCAUUCUGAGAAUUUUCUUCCUGAUGACCUAUCUGAGCUCAUGACUUUGGAAGGGUAUCACACACCUGCCGGAGACUCAUCGGAAAAAUCUGUAGAUAUUACUCAAGCAGAUGAUACUGGACUCGUAUCCGAAAAGAAUGAGGAAGUCUCAGAAAAGAUAGAUAGAAAUGAAGAUGCAUCUACAGAAAUUGAUUCGACGGCAAGCGAAACUGCUCCUCAAAGUCCUACACAAGAGAAUUUAACAGAAGUACCGGAUUCUGUCACAGAACAACCACCCUUCAAUGAAGUUGUUGAAGUCAAGGAAGAACAGGAGUCUAAUGUGUCAUCAUUUGUUCCCACAAAUCACGAUCACUUCCCAGAGAUAAAUGCCGAGACACCAAAAUCUUGUCUUGAAUCUCAGGAUGGAAGCGGCAUGUCGGAAAUUGAAGGCGAAUCCAUUGUUGAUAAAUUAAAGCGACAAAUUGAGUAUGACAAAAAAUGCAUGGAUGAUUUACAAAAGGAACUAGAGGAAGAAAGAAAUGCUUCUGCUAUUGCUGCAGACGAAGCAAUGUCUAUGAUCACAAGGUUACAAGAGGAGAAGGCGGCAUUGCAAAUGGAGGCUCUUCAAUACUUAAGAAUGAUGGAUGAGCAAGCAGAAUAUGAUAAUGACGAAUUUGAGAAAGUUAAUGAUCUACUCGCAGAAAAGGAAAAAGAAAUACAAGAUUUGGAAGCCGAGUUAGAAUAUUAUAGGUUAAACUCGAACUUAACGAAUGAGCCUAUCGUUCAUAAUAUGCACGAGCAAAGUAGGGAUUCAAAGGAGGAAAGUGUAACGCCACAAAAUAUUUGUUUUCAUAAUAUCACAGAUACGGUAAACAAUAUUCCCAAUUCACAAUUGUCCGAGGAAUCCAAAGGCAGUGACGAAGUUGUGGAUGGUGAAACCUCUGUCUUAGAAUUUGAAGAGGAAAAGCAAUACAUUUCACAUUGUUUAAAAUGCUUGGAAAAGAAACUUCAUCAACUUUCUUUUAAUAAGGUUUCCUCCGAAGCGUCUAAUGUUGGACUUGAAAAGCUUGAAACUAGUAAACUGAAUCAACAAGGAGAUUCUAACAGUGAAGGGCCCCAUUUAGAUGGUCGCGACGAGACUGAUUUGUCCAUACCAAACGAUCGAACGUUGAAUGGAAAUCAUGAUAAGGAUGACUCAGCUGCAUCAAAUCAUGAUGAUUGUUCUCUUAGUAUUGAAAACAAGAAUUCCACGUCUGCAGAACCACAAUCUUCCAGAUCUCGAAGAGAAACUGAUUUGAUUUCUCUAGAAAAUGAAAUAUCAGACCUUCAUGACCGGUUAGAGGCGCUCGAAUUUGAUCAUGAUCUUAUUGAGCACAUCACAAAUUCUCUUCAAAAUGGAAAUGAUGGCAAAAAAUUUAUUCAAGACAUAGCGAACCAAUUGAGCGAGCUACGGAAAAUUGGAAUAAGAUCAAGAUGACAUACAAAGAAUAGUGGACAGGUUUUUUCGCCUAGAGGAGAUUGUUCGACGAUUACGAAAAUUGAUGAACUAACUUAGUAAAUUCUGUUGUGAGCACUUGCAAUGAUUAGAAUCAUAAAUCCUAGACAAAAAAGCAAAAAAAUGAAAAUCAGAAAAAGAAGACAUGUGACAUUUUGCUGGUCUUUUGUGCUACUAAGAUGUAUGCAGAUCAUGCAGAAUCAGGAAACAAAAGAAAUCACCAAAUCAUGUAUUAUUCUUUUGAUGUCUAUGGAAAGCCAUGAGAUAAUGCAAAAAGCAUCUCCACACAUGCUCUGAACAAGUUUAUAUAUUUUACUUUUAUAGAAGAACCAGUUUAUUUUUAACUAUAGAGUAGUACUAGGAAUAGCACUCUUUGGUUUUAAUCUCUUGAGCCUUCUUUCCUUGUGAGUUUUCCUCUAGUUCUGUAUUUUAUCAACUGAAUAGAAGAAGGUGGAGUUUUAGAUGAGAUGUUAUAAUGGGAAAGAAAGUCUAACAUUGCAACGAUGAUUCUAAAUGAAUCAAUGUUAUCAUUUUUCAAUAUGUAUACUUGUAAUAGUUGAAAAUCAUGGCAUGUUAAUAAGUGUUUCUGAAGGCAGUUCAAAUUUAUCAAACAUGGAUUCUAAUUUGAAGGAGUUCAUUGAUAUUAUGAAAUAUUCUUAAAUCAGUUAAAAAGAAAUGGGAGGAGGCAGGUUCUCAUCUAGGAUAAUUUCUUUUCCCAUCCUAUACCUUCUCUCAAACCCUUGGCAUGAUUG